AUGCUGUGGUUAGAAAUGUGUAUUACAAGUAUUUUCAUCCUAAGGAAGCUCUGGUUUCCAAUGGAGUUUUGAACAGGGAAAUUAGUCGAGCUGCAGGAAAGGCUGUGCCUGGAAUCAUUGAUGAGGAGACCAGCGGAAACAAUGCCCAAACCAAGGUGGGAAGCUGGCAGUGCUUGGUUCAUGUCACAUGUUCAGUGACCAAUAUUUGGAUAAAGAAGAAAACAGCAAAAUUAUGGAUGUUGUUUUCCAGUGGCUCACAACAGGAGACAUCCAUCUGAACCAGAUUGAUGCUGAGGACCCAGAGAUCUCUGAUUACAUGAUGCUGCCGGACACUGCCACUCUGUCAGAGCGGUUGCGAGUAUGUCUCCAGGAGGGCGAUGAGAACCCGCGUGACUUCACCACCCUCUUUGACUUGUCUGUUUACCAGCUGGAUACCACCUCCCUCCUCAAGGUCAUCAAGGCUCAUGAGCAGCUAAAUGUGAAACAUGAACCACUCCAGCUCAUCCAGCCUCAAUUUGAGAUGCCGCUGCCUGCCCUUCAGCCUGCUGUUUUCCCUCCCAGCUUCAGGGAAUUGCCACCUCCUCCUCUGGAACUGUUUGACUUAGAUGAGACGUUUUCCUCCGAGAAGGCCCGGCUUGCUCAGAUUACCAAUAAGUGUACUGAAGAAGACCUGGAAUUCUAUGUCAGGAAGUGUGGUGACAUUCUUGGAGUAACCAGUAAGCUACCAAAGGAUCAACAGGAUGCCAAACAUAUCCUUGAGCACAUCUUCUUCCAAGUGGUGGAAUUCAAGAAACUGAACCAGGAACAUGAUGUGGAUACAAGUGAAAUGGCAUUCCAAAACAAUUUCUGAGGACUGUGCCUCUCCAAGCAUUUUCUGCCUCCUGAGUCUCUCUUUGUAUUUUGAAUUGUUCUUCAGUUCCUCACCAGUGUGUAUACCCUCUUUGCUCUGUGAGAUGUAGGUCUGUGCAUUGCUUAUAGUGCCUAGAUAGGUAAGGUUUGUAACUUACAGAAACUUUAUGGAAGAGACAUUCCAUUUUUAAAAAAUCAAAUCUAUUAUUGAAUCUGUGCUUUUAUCAUUUAUGAAAAUCUAUCAUUGAAGUCUUUUUCCUGACUUCAGUUCAGGAUUUGAGGCUUUUUUAUUAAAGGUACGCAUAACUCUCAAGCUUGUUGAAAUACUGUACAGCUUUCUGGACGAAUUCAAAAGAAUACAAAACAAGUUUAACCCAAAAUCUGUCUUUCCCACUGUACCUAAAGCAAAAGAUAAAAUAUUAGAUGUCUUCCUAAGAUAGGAAGGUCACUCACCCUUUGUUUGCUAGCUGGUACAAGACAUAACCAUUUAGAGGCUGGAGGCUCCACCCAUAACUUCCCCCUUGCUUCUGAACUACUGAAGCACUCCUGUUAUUUAAAAUGUGACAGUCUGCCCCAAGGAGCUAGAUUGUCUUGUCAUGGGACUGUGGGAGAAACUGCUUCUGCCUGAAUAGGGUAGUUGUCUGGACAUGCGUAAUAGCGUACUGGAAUACACUGGAGAACUUUGGGGAACCCUGAAUGCCAGAUAGAAGAUUGUACUACCAUUGAAAGUGUGUAAGGGUUGUGGCACAAUGGGAAUCAUUUAGCUGGUGGGUUCAAUAAAGACAGAAACACCAGCUAGGCGCGGUGGCACAUGCCUGGAAUCCCAGCACUCUUGAAGACUGGAAAUUUAAAGCCCAGCCUGGGCAAUUUAGUGACUUAGUGAGUCACUGUCUCAAAGUAAAAAAAUGGUUGAGGAUAUGCAGUGCAAAAAAACCCUGGGUUCAAUCCCUGGUACCAAGGAAAAGAACAAGGGGGAACAGCAAAAGGAGGGCCAUUUAGGAGACAAUGUGAUACAACUGCAAGAAAUGGUAACAUGGCUGCUGGACUAAACUGCUGCUGUAGGAAAGGACAUCUUCCUCCUCCUCUUCCUCCUCUCUUCCCCUCCCCGCUUCUUUUUAUUUUUAUUUUUUUGCCAUACUGAGGAUUGAACCAGGGCCUUCACACUGAGCUACUGAGCUACAUCCCCAGCCCUUUUAUUAUUUUGUAUUUUGAGACAGGAUCUCACUGAAUUGCCCAGGCAGGGCUGGAAUUUAGGAUCUUUCUGCUGAAGCCUUACAGAGUGCUGAGGUUACAAGCGUACAUGACCACACCCAGCUGGAAAUGUGGCAUUUUGAAACAGAUUUGACCUGGGGUUGAAGGUUUGAGCACUCAGGAGGCUGGAAAAAGUUCCGUUUAGCCUGAGCAAUUUAGCAAGACCAUGUCUCCAAAUAAAUACAAAAAAAAAAGGGCUGGGAAUGUAUCUCAGUGCAAAGGCCCUAGUUUCAAACCCUAGUACUGCCAAAAACCAAACCAAAGGCAAAAAAAAAAAAGCCAGGCAUUAUGGCACACGUUUGUAAUCCCAGCACCCUGGGAGGCUGAGGCAGGAGCAGUACCCAACCUAGCAAUUUAGCGACUUAGUGAAACUAUGUCUCAAAAUAAAAAAUUAAAAAUAAAUUUAAAAGGCUGGGGCUAUAGCUCAGUGUGAGGGUCCUGGGAGUCAGUCCCCAUGCCUAGGGAUUUCCUUACUUGGCAGCUCACUGUCUGAUGGCAAGAGAAAUUAACCUAGUGUCAAGUGGUAAUUGGGCUGGGUGGUGCCUAAUCCAGCACUGGUGAGGCUAGAGAAGUAUGUAAACUGGAGGCCAGUAUGGGCAACGUGUGUGCGUAAUAUGUGUGUUUAUAUGUAUAAAUAAGGAAACAAAUAUGAAGAAAACUAUUGGUACUAGGAGUUUGUCUGGGGGGGGUCCUCUGAUCCACACUGGGCUGUCAGGGAGGAUUUGUGGCCCGGGCCACUAAAUGCGAGCUUCCGCGACCCAUUAGAGGCUGGCGAGGUCCCUGCCGUACUCCCCCUCAUCCCCUGGGUCUGUCUGUCUCGGGUUCCCGCACCGCGGAAGCAGGUGAUGCCGGGCGAGGGCUCCCGGGGUUCUGGCGCUAAACCCUGUGACGUCAGCGGCGCGACUCCCGUGAUGCUCCGUGCUGCGUCGGGCACGGAUGUCACUCUUCCCUUAAACCGCGCCCGGAUAGCCUCAGUCUUUUGACGUUUGCUUGCUCUAGAGGCGACUUGGGACAGGCCACGUCACGUGCCUGAGUCACCAGGGGCCAUAGGUUGACGGGUUGACGCUGAGACUUGACUUUCCAUCUUAAGAGGUGCUAGAGGAUCCCGCCCGGUACAGCCGCGCAUUGGGCGGGCCUGUGCAGAUGGUCUUCACCCGCCUCUACCAGACCCUGUGUCCACUGUCCGAACCUCUCCAACUUUGUACCCAAACUGCCUACCGGCCUGCCUGCUCUGUUGUUAAUAGCAAGUGACUAUUAGAAAACCAAGAACUAAGUCUUGGCCAAUGCCAAGAAGCCAAUGCCCCAGAAGGCCUAGGAAAGCGGUCUGGGGCUUGUCUCAGGUCUCAUCUCCCUCACCAGAAACGCGAGGGAUCUGGAUUGGAUGGUUCUUGAAACCGAAGUUCUCUCGUUUGUAGUAGUCUUCACGAAGACACAACAGGGGCUGGCAUGAGCCUGAACAAACUCAGGCAGGAGUUGAUGGCCCUGUCCAGUGAUCAGUGAUUCCAGAGAAGCCCGUACAGGCAUGCAAAAGGAUUUUAUCCAUCACCUCGUAAAGCUUCCUUGUGUAGCCUUGUGAUCCCUCCUCCACUGCAUUGUCAUGUUAGAUUGGCUUCUGUCACCACAGAUCGGUUUGUAAAUUGUAAACGUUUAUAUAAGUGGAAUCAUACAGUGUGUUCUCUGGCUUAUUUCAGCAUAAUUGAGAUUCACUGACAUCAGUAAUUUACUUUUUAAUUGUUGAGUAGUAUAUCACUGCAUGGAUAUCUUUUUUUUUGGUACCGGGGAUCAAACUCGGGUCCUUGAGCUUGCUAGGCAGGCAGCGAAAUAAAUCCCCGGCCCUUGCAUGGAUAUCUUUUAUAUCUGUAAUUUGUUUAUCUCAGUAGUUGUUGAUGAAUAUUUGAGCUGCUUCCAGUUUGGAGACAUUGCAAGUAAAGCUAUGUAGGGCCGGGGAUUUAGCUCAGUGGCGCUUCGCCUGCCUCACAAGCUCAAGGUCCUGAGUUCGAUCUGGUACUGGAGAAAAAAUAAAACUAAAUACAAGUGAAGCUGUGUAAAAACUCCAUAUGGCCAUCUACAUUCAUUUUUUUAAGAAUAACUGGAUCAUACGAUGGGUGUGUACUUGUAAAUUUGUUUUGUUUUGUGAUUACCCUGGGUUUAAGUGAUCCUCCUGCACCCAGUUUAAAUUUUUAAGAAACUACUGAACUGUUUCCAAAGUGGUUGUACAGUUUUACAUUCCUACCAACAGUCUUAAGAAUUUAUUCCUCUAGCUAGGCGGAGUGGCACACUCCUGUAAUCCCAGCACUCAGGAGGCUGAGGCAGGAGGAUCACUUGAGUUCAAGGCCAGCCUAAACUACAUAGUGACACCCAGUCUCAAAAAAAGAAAAAAAUGUAUUCCUUAUCUUCACCAUUUUGGUUUGAUUAAAACUGGGGACUGAACCCAGGGACACUACCACUGAACUAUAUCCCCAGCCCUUUGUGUUUUCAUUUAGAGGAAGGAUCUCUAUUAUAGGUUGCCCAGGCCUUGAAUUUAGAAUCCUCCUACCUCAGCCUCCUCAGUAACUGGGCUUGUUACCAUCCUCCAAUCUUGGACUGCUUGCUGAAUUUCUGUCUCAUCCUGAUCUUGUUUAUUUUUGAGGACUUGAUGCCUGUACGCCAGAAAUCCGCCUUCAGAUGGACAAGCCAAAACUGGUUGGCUCUACACUUGCUGCUAAAGUGUCUGCUAGAGAACCUCUAACCUCAUUAUAAUCCCAUCUGCUGGUUAAAUAACACACCUCCAAGCGCCAUGACAGUUAAUUGCUAUGAGGACCACAUGAAAGAACCAUAAAAGGAGUAAAAAAGAGGUGGUUUUGAGUUCCUGGAAGAUCUCUGCCUAUUCCCCCCAAAAUACAUGAGUAUUCCUCCUAAUCAUUUGUGCCCUCAUUUCUUUUACCUUAUAACCUCCCAGGCCCUAAAGGGUUGAGAAGUUGAUUUGUGUUAGCUCCUCCUCCUAUUCUUCGCCAAGAAUUAAAGUUUCUUUCAUUUUGCUCA